GUAGGCGUGGUUGUGUCAGACUUGACUGGUCUGAUCGAGUCACGGAGUCAACACGUUUCUACUUUUCACUUUAUUCUUUUUACUCUUUUUAUUGUUUUUAUUGUUUUUAUUUCCCGCCACUGAUUCUGUUGUCGGUUGUUUGUUGACGUCACUGUCAAUCGGCAUAGGAUUAAAACCUGAACCCGCAACGGUGACGUUUCACGGACCAGGACCAGCGCCGAGACGCCGUCGCCUCCAUCAUGAGCAUCCAGCCCCGGAGGAUCCGUCUGAAGCCGUGGCUACUGACUCAGGUGAACAGCGCCAGGUACCCGGGUCUCCAGUGGCUUGGUUCAGAACAACGACUCUUCCAGAUUCCAUGGAAACACGCCACACGCCACACGCCAACGUCCGACGAAGACAACACCAUCUUCAAGGCGUGGGCUCAGGAGACAGGGAAGUAUCAGGAAGGCGUGGACGAACCCGAUCCCGCCAAAUGGAAGGCAAACCUCCGCUGCGCUCUGAACAAGAGCCGAGAGUUUCAGCUCAAAUACGACGGCACCAAAGAGACGCCGGUCCAACCGUACAAGAUCUACGAGGUCAUUGAGCCGCUGGGGAACGCAGAUUGUGCCGCCGCCGACGACGACGAGGAGAUGCCGAACCUGAUGGACCUAUCCAUCAACCCGAGGAUCAGUGGCCCCUCCUUCAGCGCGUUCCCGCCUCGUUCAGAAGUGGAUCCGUUUGGUUUGUCUUCCAGCGGAACGUUUGGACCUCAUCACGUGAUCCCGGUGCCCCUCCUCCCCGUGACCUCUGACCUCCAGGCUCAGGGUCAGAUGGUGGAUCAGGGGAACUUCGUCCACACUGCAGGUCUUCCUAACAGACUCCAGGACCUGAACUCUCUCCCCUCAGUUGCCUCUGUGCCCCCUGAGCCGGACCUGAUGGAGGCCAGCAGUAUGGGAGGCAUCCAGAACCAGGGGGAUCCUCAGAACCACCAACCCUGCAAGUACGACCUGCUGAGUAGUGUUCCACUAACUGAUCUGGACCUGAAGUUCCAGUACCGUGGCCGGAUCACGGGCUCUCUGACCGUGAGCAACCCACAGGGCUGCCGACUGUACUACGGACACCUGGAGCCGACCCCAGAGCAGGUGGACCUGUUUGGACCUGUCACCCUGCAGCAGGUCCUGUUCCCAGGGACGUCUGAGCUCCAGAACCAGAAGCAGCGGUUCUACACCAACGCCUUGCUGGACGUGAUGGACCGAGGCCUGAUCCUGGAGAUCUGGGAACAAGACAUCUAUGCCAUUCGCCUCUGUCAGUGUAAGGUGUUCUGGUCUGGACCGGGAAUCCCCGAACAGGGACCACCAAACCCCAUGGAGAGGGAGAAGAAGAUCAGAGUGUUCAGCCUGAAUGACUUCCUGCAAGGACUGAUCCUGUUCCAUAAAGGUGAAGCUCCGAACCCUCCGCCUUUUGAGAUCUACUUCUGCUUUGGGGAGGACUGGCCCGACAAGAAGCCCAAAGAGAAGAAACUCAUCAUCGUCCAGGUGGUUCCCGUAGUGGCUCGGAUUCUGACUGAGAUGUUCUCUGGAGAACUCAGCUGGUCCACAGACAGCAUCCGAUUACAGAUCUCAAACCCUGACGUGAAGGAUCAGACGGUGGAGCAGUUUAAAGAACUACAGAGGCUUCUGCAGAGCCAACAAAUCCAGGGGCCCUGGACCCCCAAUGUAUCCUGAUCAACACAACCAGGGGCCUUGGACCCCCCCCCCCCAUAAACACAUCUAGCAGACUCACAACGACCAGUUUGCCCUGAACUCCAGGACUCUGAAGUCCUGAUAAUCAGAUUAGAGACUCAUGGAGGUUCAGGACCUGAGACUAACGGUGGAUCCAUUUCCUUUCGGAGACCCUCUCCAGGUGUUUGUAUUGACCUUUGGACUGGUCCUAUAAUUAACGCAGGUCGAUGCUCUGAUAGAUUCUCCAGAUUUCAGAUUAUUGAUUGUUCAAAACUAAACUCAGCUGUGAUGACAGAUUAUUGAAAGAAAAAGUUCCAACAUGUUAAAACAAGUUUGGAUCAUCAGCUGAUCUCAGCUCAGCGUGUUUCCUGUGUACGAGCCUCCGUCACAUUCAAUGACCACAGUUAGUUUGAGUGUUCAAGAUUUCAAUAAAAUCAUUUUUCAAUAUUA